GCCUUUAUUAUUUUGUUGACUUUGUACUGUGCUUUCUUUCUUAUCUGACAUAAAAAUUGUCCAUAAAAACACAUUUCAAGGGAAAUUCCCCCCCAGUUGGUUAGAAUGUUUCUUCACAAGUCUCGGUGUACCUUUGUUACAUAUUUCUUAAAUCGAUUUCAUUUUGCAGAGCAUCAAACUUAAAAUCUGACCCCUGACAUGUCUGGAAGUAUGGAGAUCGACACCACUGAAGAAACUUACACAGAUCAAGAAUUUUUCAUGACUUUGAAUAAAAUACUCGAUGUUUCAUACAUGGUGGGUUUAUCAGGAAUAUGUUUGCUGGGAAUAACUGGAAAUGGUCUGGUCAUCUGGUUUGUUGCCUUCAAAAUGAAAAAGACGGUCAACUCAGUUUGGUUCCUAAGUUUAGCUUUUGCUGAUUUCACCUUCAGCCUUUUCCUACCCUUAACUAUCACUUACUAUGCCCUUGACUAUCACUGGCCAUUUGGAAGCUUCAUGUGCAAGCUUAGCCGUUUUGUAUUAUAUCUCAAUCUGUCUGCCAGUGUCCUACAACUCACCGUCAUCAGCAUUCAUCGCUGCAUCUCCGUAGUCUUCCCUGUUUGGUGUCGGAACCAUGUCACCGUGAGACUGGCUGUGAAAGUCAUGCUUGUACUUUGGAUUGUAUCUCUUCUACUCAAUGUAUCUUACAUCAUACAUACAGAUACAUAUGCUGCCAAUGAUACCCGUGUGAUUUGUUAUGUAGGUUGGUCAAUGCACAAUACACAAGUUAUAAUAAGAUUUAUCACUCUGUGUGUUGUCCCUUUUACCAUCAUUGUCUUCUGUUACACUCUCAUCUUUUUGCGUAUUCAAAGAAAUCGCAGAGUAUCAUCUACCAAACCUUUCAAAGUGAUUGCUGCUGUCAUCAUUUCCUUCUUUAUUUGCUGGUUUCCUUACCAUGUAUUUUCUAUCAUGGGUUUAUACGGAAUGUAUCAUGAUCUCUGGCUUGUGGUUUAUAUAGGCAAUAUAAUAUCAGACUUAUUGGCAUUCUCAAACAGCUGUGUGAACCCUCUUCUCUACGUCUUCAUUGGCCAAGACUUCAAACAAAAAUUCUGGAGUACCAUUAAAUCUGGUUUUGAGAGAGCUUUCACCGAGGAACCCAACCUAACAGAUUCAAAUAGAUGCAGAGAUUUACCUGAUCAUGCAAUAAGCCAAAUGUGAUAGAGUUAUUUCAACACAUAUUAAUGGAUGAUGUGAGUGAGUGAGUGAGUGAGUGAG